AUGGAUUGUACAGCUGCGCCACAAGUCAUUGAGCACCUGAAGGAACAGCUGAACUUCACGCCCUUUGACACUCGAUGGGUGCCCCAGAGCGCCCGCUAUGUUGUCCUUGGCCAGUACCCUCGUGCGACUGGUUGCAUUCGCGUGUGCCAGCUGAACAAGGGCAAGAGCGAGAAGCUGGCAGAGACUGAGCAGCCGAAGGGCUUCAAGUGUGGCACCUUCGGCGCGUCCUCCAUCGAGGACCGCCACCUAGCGACCGGCGACUAUGCUGGUGGCCUGGCCAUCUGGGAUCUGGAGAAUCUCAAGAAACCUGUCUGGA